AAGCUCUGAAAGGUCGCAACUUCCGCUGAGUUCAGAGGCGGAUGAUUAUUUUGUAUACAUUUGAUUUAGAUGAAGCGUUUUGCUUACGCGCGAGGAGGAAGCGCAUGUUAUUGUUUUAUAUGGAUAUUUAGAUGGAUAUUUAACUAAAGCAGAGCUUCGACAACGUUCACUUGAAUCUUUUUCAUGGCUCAAACAAACAAAACCUUCAUCACCCAAGAUGCUGGUGUACCACAUAUAAUCCAGUGAGGGUAGAACCAUCUGUCAUGGAGCAGGUGUACAGGCUGCAGCGGGAAGUGGGUCGAGGCAGCUAUGGCGUGGUAUUUGAGGGUCAUGUGAUGGAGACAGGCUGGUGGGGCUGCAGCGGAGACACGGUGGCCAUCAAACGUCUGCCCUGCUGCAGCCCAGAAAGCAUUCAACUCUAUCUGCAGGAGCUUUGGGCCAUGAGAACCACUGCCAGGAGUCACCCGAAUGUCAUUGCUCUCCACAACUGCCUGCUGCAGACUGGCCCUAAAACUCUGCAGCCACUGAAAUCGGACAAGCUACCGCUGGACCUCGUGGAGAGUGCCCUCAAAGGAAGGGUCGUGGACAAGGAAUCUAAAAGUCAAGCGAGAAACGCAGACAAGUCUAGGAGGAGACUGACAUCCACAGAGAAGUCGCCAAAACGGUGCUUGGCUCUGUGGCUGGUGAUGGAGUAUUGCGAUGGCGGAGACCUGAACCAGUACAUGCUGUCUAGGUGUCCAGACAUCCAGAGGAACCAUGAGGUGGUUCGGCAGCUCAGUAGCGCAAUAACUUUCCUGCAUGGACUGGGAAUAGUGCACCGAGAUUUGAAACCGGCCAAUGUGCUCGUCUGCCUAACUAAAACUGGCCCAGUGAUCAAGGUGGCCGACUUUGGGCUGAGCAAGAUGGUAGAAGGCCCCAUGGAAGGAGAGCGGAGCAGACUGGCCCUCUCCUCCACGUGUGGUUCUGACUUCUACAUGGCUCCUGAGGUGUGGGCUGGACACAGCUACACAGCCCAAGCAGACAUUUUCUCUCUAGGCGUCCUCUUCUGGGCCGUGCUAGAGAGGAUCACCUUCCUGGAAGACGGCUCCAACGAGGAGCAGCUAGGAGCGUAUGUGGAGAAGGGCCGAUGGCUCACACCACUUGGAGAGGCUUUAUGUCAGAAUCCAGCUCUACAGUUGGUAAUCCCCAUGCGGGCACGACGGGCACCGCCAUUGCCUCCAACUCCGAGCCCUGACUUGUGUGCCCUGCUUUUGGACAUGCUGGCGUUUGACCCUGACGCUCGUCCCACCGCGCUACAGCUGCAGGAGAGAGUUUAUAGGGCCAUAGACACUCACUGAUCUCCAAACUCUUUUAUUUCUUUACUUAGAUGCAAUUUGACUGUCUCCUCCUUCUGCCCAUUCUUGUACUCAAAAGCAAUUUGACUGUCUCCUCCUUCUGCCCUUUUCUGAGAACUUUACACUGGAUGUAUUUCCAUGCCUCGGUAUGGAUUAUGAGUUCUCAGGCUUUGGAGUACAGGCUUUUUACAAGUUGCACUAUUUUAAGUGUAUUGUGGAUGUGUAUUGUCUGUGUUUGCUUGCGUGCCUGAAUUCCCAUGCUGUCGUUGUUCAAAUAUUUAAAAUAAAUGCUUGAAAUAUC